AUGAAGACCCCCUCUCUCAUCCCCACGGCCUACGCCUACGCCUAUCUCGCCUCCUUUGCCUCAGCAGUCGGUCCCCCCGUGCCCGAAAACGCCGAACGUCUCCCCGGCAAGCCGGCCUUGAUGCCCAACUGGUCCUGGCCGAACCCUUUCCCGUCGGACCCCUCAUCCACACGCAUCACCAUCUCCUCCGCCUCCGAAGCUUCUUCCCCCACGCGUUUCGUGGCCACUUGCUCUUCCACCAAGACCUUUAAGGCGACAGAAUACCUCCUCGACGACCUGCAGGAACUCCCGCCCCAAGGUCUCAUCCCCUGGGUCGAGGCUUUGAGAAAAGUCUUUACUAACAGACCGUAUCCUGGGUCCUGGGACGGGAUUGAUCCCCAUGGCUAUGAUAGGAAUAUGCUCAUGAUGGAGUAUGUGGAUGUUCCGCUGCGGGUGAGGAGGUGGAUUGAGAGUGAGGAGUGGGCUGAGGAAGGCAAGGGCAAAGGGUUGUUUGCGGUGUUGGCAAAGGCGGAUGUGGAUAAGGGCGAGAAAAUCGUUGCUACUGCGACGAGCUUGAUCAAGGAGAAGAAGGAGGGAGCGCCGAUGACAGAAGAAGAAGAAAAGGAGUGGAGAAAGGGAGAUGAACAGCGAGUGGUCAUCUUUGCGCCGGGAGCGGUUUAUGAGAAUGCGCCGCUUUGGGUUGCUGAGGAGAGUGAGUGUGAGGAAACCCUCUCCGACAUCACCAAGUACACGGCCAAACCCACCGAGGGCGCCGUCGUCGCUUACCCCGUCCAAAAGACCCAAGCCGACCGCGCCGAGGGCAAGAGGGAUAUGGAGUUCACGAUCAAGGCGCAGGUGCUCAAGGUUGAUGAGUCUGUUCCUGAGGAUGAGGAUGAGCAGGUCGAGAAGAAGCAGUUCAAGACUCAGGUCGAAAAGGUGGAGGAGUUGAAGACCAAGGUUGAGGAGGUUGUGGAUAAGGUCAAGACUGCUGUUAAGGAUGAGUUGUAA